AUGUGUGAACCACCUCUGGAUGCUAGUGCUCCCCAGCUAUGCAGUGCACUCAGUGCCACUCAGCUGGCAUACUUGAAGCUUCAUAGCCACAAGAAAGCUGUAGAGAACAAUCCAAACACUGUAUUGGACAACAACAUUGUUGCCCAGGCAAAAAAGUAUUGUUUCUUCUAUCAUUUCUGGGUCCCUGAAGAUGUUUUCCAACUCAUCACUCCACCACCUGGAUAUGAUCUGACUGACCCUGCUCACUGGAGUAUGCCUGAAUCAAAAAUUGUGGGCUUCAAAGUGGAACUCUAUUUCAUGCUACCCAGUGACCUCAAGGUCCAUGUGACAACAUAUGGUAACUUUGGCCAUGUGUUUUCAAAUGCAGUUGGGGCUGAGAGGCCCAACAUCCUCAAACCUGUUAAGGAUAACAUGCAGCAACUCUUUGCACACUUGGAACUUAGUGCCAACUUAUUCACAAAUGAGAAUUCAAGAGCUCUGUGUGGAUCAAAUGAGGCUGUGAGAGUGCUGCUGAAGAUGCACCUGGGGAACAUGGAUGCUUGCUAUACCCCUCUCUCACCAAUCCUCAUUCCCAAACCAGACACCCCAGUGGCCAGGGAUUUAUUCAAAACCCCACUCCUGGUUAAUAUCAUCUGGGUCAUGGUUUUUGGCAAGGGAGUCCUCACUGGCAAGCAAAGGGGUGGUCCACAGGGACAAGGUCAGAAGUUGGGGAUAUCUGGCCCUUCAGCUGGCCUGAUUGCCAUCACUGCUACCUUUGCACAGUACUUAUUAUUGAGUGACUGCAAGCUUAUGACCAUUGGUGAAGAAAGUGGAUUCAAGUAUCAGGAUGACUUUGAGUAUUUUAUUGAGCUAUUGAGUCACCCAUCAAAAUGGGAGUGGUCAUUGGAGGUGAUGGAGUUUUUCAAUCAGGGCAUAUGGAACACCUCAAGUAUUGCCUCUGCUAAUGCAGCAUUAGGCUCAUCCAAUGACACCUCAGUAGCUUUCACAUGGGAGUCCAACAUCUUGGUGCAGUUGAAUGGCCCCUGGCAGCUGACACCUCCUCCUGACCUACACUUUGACAGACUCAACUCAACCUCCAUUUCACAUCACAUGCCAGAAGCAACCCAUGGAUGUGCUGCAGACUUGGUCAUCAUUUCUCAGGCAAACUUGGUCUCCUUGGCACUUUCAGUUGAUGUAUCAAAUCUUUCACUUGGAGGCAGUCAUACAUCAGCUCUACCAUCCAUAUCUAGUCAUGGAAAGGAGUUAUCUGCUGGAAGAAGUCAUUCUGGCUUGAGGAUGGCUGAAGUUUCAGCAGCUGCACCAGUGAAUGCCUGGGAACUGCCUGCAAAGGAACAUUGUGUCAUCUGGUGCAAGGGAAAGGGUAAGUAG